UGGUUACCUGACUAUGCUGAGGUGGUGCAGCCGCUUGCUGACCUUAUUUAUGGCCACAAAAUGGCUAUGAGUGACAAAAUUAAGUGGACACCAGAGGGACUGACUGCUCUGACCAAACGGAAACAACUCAUGACUACUUCUCCCUGUUUGGGGCUCCCUGACCAUUCUAAACCUUUUAACCUUUUUGUUUGUGAGAAAAAUGGUUUUAUGUCAUCUGUUUUAACACAGGAACAUGGAGGAAAGCAGCGCCCAGUUGGGUAUUAUUCCAAACAGCUGGACAGUGUGGCCAGAGGUCUGGUUUGUUGUUUGAGAGCUGUGGCUGCUGCUACUGAAGCUGUGUUGGCUUGUGCAGACAUUGUUGCCAUGUGUGAACUCACUGUACACGUUCCUCAUGCUGUACAUGCUCUUAUUUCACAGGCAAAGACGGCCCAUCUAACACCAGCUCGACUGCUCCAUUAUCAGAAUGUUCUUCUGACAAUGUGUCAUGUGACCCUGAAGAGGUGCACUGUGUUAAAUCCUGCUACUUUGUUGCCCACCGAGGAUGAUGGAGAGCCGCACGACUGUGCUGAACUGUUGGAGCUUGUCUCUAAACCAAGGUCGGAUUUAACUGAUGUCCCUUUGCAAAAUGCACAUUUGGAACUGUUUGUAGAUGGCUCUGCUCAGCGUUCUGAGAAAGGAGAACCAUUGGUUGCGUAUGCGGUUACUACUGCCUCAACCACACUGGAAAGUGCUAAAUUACCCUCCCACCUUUCUGCUCAAGCAGCAGAACUCUUUGCACUCACUAGACGUUGCAUAUUAGCUACAGGCCAGUCUGCUACAAUCUAUACAGAUAGCAGAUAUGCCUUUGGUGUGGUACAUGAUUUUGGUACUCUGUGGAAACAGCGCGGCUUCCUGACCUCCUCUGGUCCUGUUGAGUUGAGGAAGUGGAAACGACUAUGUACAUAUGACCAGGUGCAGAAACUCUGACUGGGCCCGGCUGGGCUACCAGUCUUACCACGUUCAUGUUUCCCCUACUUAGCUAAGUUGUCACAUGGAAGAGUGUGUCAAAGGGGGGAGUUGUUGAUUUUGUAAAUACAUUUUGGUUUGCACCUGGGUUUUCUGUGUUUGCUGAACAAUUUUGUGCAAAAUGUGUGAUUUGUAUGACUAACAACAUGGGAAGAGGUAUUCCCAUGCCACUGUCUGCUCAUCCGACCCCUGAAGGACCAUUUGAACACAUAAUGAUGGAUUUUAUUGAACUCUCUCCUUGUCAAGGUUACAAAUAUUGUCUGGUGAUAGUGGAUGCCUUCUCCAAGUGGGUAGAGGCAUUCCCAUGUCGACAUUCCACUGCUAUGGCAGUAGCCAAGAAUCUCCUUAGGGAGAUCAUCCCAAGGUGGGGUUACCAUCUAAAUUAACCAGCGACAAUGGCUCCCACUUUGUAAACCUGGUGAUACAGAACUUGUCUGAGAGUCUGCAGAUAGACCUCAGGACCCAUUGUAGCUAUAGGCCGCAAUCCGGGGGUUUAAUUGAACGCGUUAAUCAAACGCUGAAAUCUAAGAUGGUGAAGCUUAUGGCAGAGACGGGGCUUUCUUGGGUCACUGUGAUCCCCCUGGCUCUGAUGUACAUGCGAGAGGGAGGCCCCACAGAACCACUGGAUUGGCUCCUCAUGAGGUUCUGACAGGUAGACCAAUGAGGAUGAUUAAUUCUCCCUUCCCACAGAACAAGCUGACACUGAUGGGCUGCGAAGAUGACAUGGUAAGUUAUUGUACUGCUCUAAACAAUGUUCUGAAGGCUAUUUUCCCCAGGGUGAAAGCGGCUCUACCCCAGCCACUGGUGGGGAUCCUGCACAAACUGCAACCAGGUGACUGGGUGGUGGUGAAAGACCUGAGACGAAAGCAUUGGAACCAGCAGAGGUGGACUGGACCAUACCAGGUGAUGCUGAUUACCCCCACUGCUGUUCGCGUAGCUGAGAGGUCUACUUGGAUCCAUGCCAAUCACUGCAGGAAGGUGCCAUACUGCCCACCAGACCCUGAGGAUGGAGGACCAGAGACGCCGGAAGUCACCGACUAGAUGGGAGGAUCAGGCCCAGACUCUACGCAUCAUGUUUCUUGCUCUGGUCUUGAGCCUUCUCAUUACAGUUGCCAUAUGGACAGUGACUCAAGGACAACCGGUCCUGGAAAGACAACAUGAUACGGACUCGACUGAUAACCAUUCAGUCCCACUGCGGGACUUAAAUAACAGCCACUCCAGCUCGAGCCAACGGCAGGCUCAGGACAGGAGUCCAGAAAAACAAUAGCCGCUCCCAUAUCGAAAGAAGAAGAAGGUCAAUGCAUCAACUGGAUGAGCAUCACAGUAGGAAUCACGAGGGAAACACUUGGUGGUCACUGCUUAACUAUACAGUAAAGACUGAACUGAUGUUAGGAAAUACCUCCUGUUAUGUAUGUAGCUUGUUUCCACAUUCAGCGAUCUCCCCAUUUUUACAGUAUUCAGUAGAGGUCAGCAUUAAAGACACUCUAUGUGCACUAGAGGCGCUCUUGUCCAAUGAGAACACAUGGGGUCAACCUUCACUAGGUAGAACACUGAGGGAUAAAUGCAUUAAUGGUAAUUUGUCAUCAACAAAAGAUUUACGGGGGGAUUUGAUUGUUCACAUUGGUGUAGUAGAAUAAUCUUAGAACCUAGAUCCCGUGUACCAGAACCUAUUAAAGUCCAACCCCGGCGAACCCCUCUGUAUUAUAACUCUGUAUUAUGGUAUAAACAUUGUAAACUCCGUUUCUGAUGGGUGAAUACUUACAUUGAAGGGAUUUGAUUCUUUAUUAUCUUUACAUUUUGAUUAUGGAUUUUUUAAUUGUAUUAUAUACUCUACUAUUAGUAAGGUGCCAUGUUACUAUUCUGAUUCUUGAGAGGGGAAUGUUGUGGAAUGAUCAGAAUUAGUUGGGUAACAUAGAUAAGAUGUUUUAUUUUCAUGAUAUGCUUAUGAGUUAUUUCUCAUAAGAAUGUAUUUUGUUGUACUAUAGUGGUGGCCAUUGGCAGUUAUCUGUUCUAUGUCAAGACUAAGUUGCAUGGGCCGCAGAGAGGGGAGAGGUCAAGGGGUCAUCAUGUGUAAACAUAUAUUUUCUGUGUGCCAGUGACUCCCUACUUUUCUCUCCGGGGAAAGGAGGGUGGCAGUGUCUGGAAUCAUUCUAUGCUCCCUCUUUGUUGACCUAUAGGGUCACUCUCCUCUCCGUGAGUUUGUCCAGGAUUGGUUGUAUUUAGAAUUGGUUCUAUCUAAAUGACAAUUUGAUAUAUAUCAUAGGGUGGGGGUAAUGUCUUGGUACCAUUUUGUACCAAGGAAGAGAUAAGAGCUUUGUUUAGGAGACCAAACUGAACGAUAAUUUAUAGCCCACUCUGUCUGACUAGGGGAUAUUCUCUCUGAAGUAAGGUUUUUUCUUUGUGUAAGUUCCAAGGCCUGUGUUUUGUCAUGUCGUCUAGGAGGGGGUGGAUCUUUGCUAUAAAUGAUCCCAUUUGCCAUUAUGUUGAGCACUCUCAACUUUUCAUUAGAGAUACUGAACUGUUGAAAGUCAAAAUGCUAUUGCAAAAGCUUAAUUAUUAUUAAAGGUGAAGAUUAAGCAUAA